AUGAGUACGAUAGCUUUGACAGUUAGAGGAAGGAUUGUAUAUAUCUCCUCCAUUUAUUUGGAUAUUUUGCUGCCAGCCAAAAAACCUUUGUUUAUUGAAUUGGUGCGAAGAUGUCAAGAAGACAACAUUCCACUUUUAACAGGGAUUGAUUGCAAUGCACACAGUCAGAUGUGGGGUUGCCAUGAACAAAAUAGAAGAGGCAAGGAACUGGAAGAAAUGAUCCAGGAAGAGCAGUUGACUGUAAUGAACACUGGAAAUGAGUGGACCUUCAAUGUUGGGGGAAGACGGAGUAUUAUAGACAUUACAGUACUAAAUGAUCGAGCGGUGCUGGAUCUUGAGAUGGAGAAAUGGCGAGUGGAUCAUACCCACAAUUUCUCUGAUCAUAAUUACAUUAAGUACACAUUUGGACAGUAUGUACCAGGUACAAAGUGGACAAGAAAUUUGCGAAGAGGAAGAUGGCUUGAGUUUGAAGCAAUGGUUGAAGAGGAUAUUGACCCAUCUUGGGAAGAAGACCUGGAGAUGGAAGAUGCUUUGGAAAGGCUGUAUGCAAGCAUGACCAAGGCUCUUGAUAGUGCCUGCCUGCUUCGAAAAGCACCUAGGCACAAGCCACAUAGGUGGUGGAAUGAGCAACUACAACAACUUAAGGUGAAACUGGCAAAACUGGGGGACAAACAUCGUUACUCCACUCAGCGUAUGUCAGCAUAUAGGGAACUUAGGGCUGAGUUUGUUAAGGCAAGAAAACUAGCAAGAAGAACAUCUUGGCGAGAUUUUGCAGGUACUGCAGACAACACCUGGGAUGUUAACCAAAAGGUGAAAGCCCUUGAGGGCAGUCACAACAAGAGUAUUGGGCUCCUUCGAAACUCUGAAGGGUAUACAAGAUCACCACAGGAAAGUCUUCAGGUGCUAUUGGAUGCACACUUUCCUAAUAACAGGCCAGUUUCUGAUGAUUCCGAGGGGCAAACAAUUUCUUCCUUUGAAUUCACAAAUUCACCUUUGGUUAGUUAUAUAACAGAGGAACGUGUUAAAGCGGCCCUGCACUCUUUUGGCCCAUACAAAUCAGCAGGCCCUGAUGGAUUUCCACCAGUGGCUCUCCAGGCACUUGGCAUGAAGGCACGUCAUCUUCUAACUAAGAUAUAUCAGUACUCUAUGGGCUCGGGUUGGGUACCCAAUAGAUGGAAAAGUAUGAGAGUAGUUUUUAUCCCCAAGGUAGGGAAGGAUGAUUAUUCUAUAGCUAAAUCAUAUAGACCAAUUACUUUAUCUAAUUUUCUGCUGAAAGGCUUGGAAAGACUGGCAUACUGGUACACUCAGGAUGGAGUCGUCCAGAGACCACUGGUUAGCCAGCAUGCAUACACAAGGAGUGUAUCAACUGAAUCAGCUCUCUCUGAGGCUGUUGACAUCAUUGAAAGUGCAUAUUACCAGGGAGGUUUUGCACUAGCAGUCAGUUUGGACUGUACAGGAGCCUUUUCAGAGGUCCGUUAUGAGUCUGCGGUGGCAGCAAUGAAAAAUUUUAAUAUACCAGAGGGUCUCGUUGUCUGGUAUGAGACCCUGUUACGUCAGAGAAUGGUGGAAGCCAACCUGCAGGGGGUCCGUGCUAGAAUUUCCCCUAGUAUGGGCAGUCCUCAGGGGGGUGUUUUGUCACCAUUAGUAUGGAACUUAGUAAUGGAUUCUCUUUUAAGACAGUUCUAUUACAGUAAUGAUGGUACACGGAGGACAAAUGUUCCUGUGGAAGCAAUUGGAUAUGCUGAUGAUGUGCUCCUCCUG